AUGCAAUUACUAUACUUACAAGCACGUGGGGAUAUUUAUGAAUUGGAAGAGAGCAAUUAAACUUAAAAACCUAAGGCUGAAAGUAUUCAAUGACAUUUAUUGAGUCUAAAGUAAUUUUAAUGGGAAAGAGAAAGAGAAUUUCUUUUUCUGCUUUAACUAAGGCUUGAGAUGUUUGGAUUCAUAAUUGCAUGGACAAGUUAUGAGAAUAAGCUUUGAUUAAUAAAGGCUAAAAGUUUUUUUGUCCAAAUCUAUAUAGAGUUAGUUUUUCAUCUUAUCCAGGACUAUUCUAUUCAAAGGAAUUACAAUAUAGUAGUCAUAGAAAUGA